AUGGAAUCCAAUGCAAUUACUUUGGGAGUACCAAGAACCUCUGUUUUGAUUGCAGCAAUAAGAGCACUCAUUUCAAAUUCCUAUAUUAAAGGACAAUUGGUUGAAACCGAUGGUAAAUUAAGUAGAUCACUUCAGUCAUACUAUGAGAAUAUCUAUCAAAAAGAACCAUAUUAUAGAGAUGUUGAAAGUAGCAUUGCAACAUUUGAUCCAUAUGCAUACUUUUUUAGUUGUACUGAUGAAUCGAGAGAUAUCAUCGGUGGAAUGUAUGACGAUAGAAUGAGGUUGAAUCCACAACAAUCGGUAACUAGCGAAACUAUUAAGGAAUGGCUUGUCAAGAUGGGAUUGCCAGAGGAUAUCGGUAAUAGAGAUAUCAAAAAGUAUUUGACAGAGACAUGCUCACCGGUCAAGGCAUGGAAUAUCAUUAUCUUUCCAUUCAUCUUCAAUCGUAUUGCGCUUAGAAUCAAGUAUAUCGAUGAUUUCAUCACCAGUAAAAUUGGAAAGUACCAACAAUUUGUUAUUCUUGGUGCUGGUCUGGAUACUCGUGCCUUAAGAUUGCCAUUCGAUGAGCGAUCAACGGUUUGGGAGAUCGAUUUCCCACAGACAUUCGAAUAUAAAUCGAGAGUUCUAGAGCGAUCAACAAAGAUCAUUGAACAGUUGUCAAAAGCCAAGAAUAUCCAUAUUCCAAGUAACUUGAUGGAAACUGAACAAUGGAUUAAGAAACUAGAGGAAUCGGGAUUUGACAGAAGCAAACCAACUGUUUGGUUGCUGGAAGGUCUCUUGAUGUAUCUUUCAAACGAGGAGAUCGAGUUACUUCUCUCAUCGGUGUCAUCGUUGUCCGCCAGUGGCUCUGCCAUAAUGAUGCAAACUGUUGUCGAAAUUAAAUUGGCGGAGAAUGAUAAAAGAAAGAUGUUUACCAAUCCAAUGCGUUCGGAAUUAAAAUCAUUUACCAAUAGACCGUCGCUCUAUCUCGAGAAAUGUGGAUUCUUAGUUGAUAUCACUGAGAGAUCGCAAGAUGAAAUCUUAACGAUUUACAAUAGCAAAGUAGCGUUAAUAACAGCCGAUCUGACUCUAUCUGAUUCCGCCACUUUUACUUUUGGUUUUAAAUCUUAA